GUGCGUAGACGCAAUAGACUUGAACGCUGCGCUGGUCAGCACUAGGGAAAUACACUCCCAGGUGAGGUGUAAUGCAGUGGGAAAGGGAAGCGCAUUGUUGACAGGUGGACGGAAUUAUUAACCCGACAGCACAGAGCAGAGAUGGAUUUAAAUAAAACGGUGCUGUGUGAGAGCCUGAUUAUUUGGCUGCAGACUUUUAACACCGCAGCCCCUUGUAAGACAGUGGAGGAUCUGACCUCAGGGGUAGCCAUGUCUCAGGCUCUGCAUCAGAUAGAUCCUUCAUGGUUCAAUGAGAGCUGGCUGGCACGUAUUAAACAGGAUGUUGGGGAUAACGUUAGACUCAAGAUUAACAACCUCAAAAAGAUCCUUCAGAUGAUUGUUGAUUAUUAUAAUGAGGUAUUGACCCAGCAGAUCUCAGAUUUCCCACUGCCUGACCUGUUGCGCAUGGUAGAGCACUCUGACCAAGUAGAGCUUGGGCGCCUUCUACAGCUCGUCCUGGGGUGUGCUGUCAAAUGUGACAGGAAACAAGAGUAUAUCCAGAUCAUCAUGACCUUAGAGGAAUCUGUACAGCAUGUAGUAAUGACUGCCAUCCAGGAGCUUAUGAUCAAGGAGAACGUUUCUCCGUUAGGAACAGAACCUUUAGGAGACAGUGAACAACAGUUAAAGAAAGCCUUAGAGGAUCUAGCUGAGGUGAUGGCAGAGAAAGAUGAGUUGGCACAACGCUGUCAGGAGCUCGACAUCCAGGUAACAAUGCUGCAGGAGGAAAGGAAUAGCCUGCUGGCAGAAAAUGACCUCUUGACCGAUCGAGCCAAUCAGCUUGACACAUUUGAUGACCCCAGCACUCCAUCAGGGAGGAAGCACAGCCAGCUACAGCUGCAAUUAGAGCAGCUUCAAGAAGAAAACUUCAGACUGGAGGCAGCUAAAGAUGAUUAUCGCAUCCACUGUGAAGAGCUGGAGAAACAACUAGUGGAGCUUCAGCAUAGGAAUGAUGAACUUACCAGCCUGGCUGAGGAGUCACGAUCGCUUAAAGAUGAAUUAGACAUAUUAAGGAGUUCCUCUGACCGGGCAGUGAAGCUAGAGGCUUCUGUUGAGACGUACAGGAAGAAGUUAGAAGAUCUGAGUGACCUCAGACGGCAGGUUAAAGUUCUGGAGGAGAAGAACAUGACCUACAUGCAGAAUACAGUCAGUCUUGAAGAGGAGCUACGCAAGGCCAAUGCUGCAAGAUCUCAGUUAGAGACAUACAAGAGACAGGUGCAGGAGCUUCAUAGAAAAUUGUCUGAGGAAUCUCGCAGGGCUGAUAACCUGGUGUUUGAGAUGAAGAAGUUUCAGGAGAAGUAUGACGCUGUACUGAAAGAGAAAGAGAGGAUCAGCACUGAGCGAGACACACUCAGAGAGAUCAAUGAGGAGCUGCGAUGUACACAAGCUCAACAGGACCAGCUAUUACAAGCAGGAAAAUAUCAAACAGAAAGUCCAACCCAUGUUAACCUAGCAGCUGAGAUGUUGCCCAUCGAGUACAGGGAGAAGUUCAUCCGUCUGCAGCAUGAGAAUAAAAUGUUGCACCUGCAACAGGAGGAGUCAGAGAAUGAGCGCAUGACUGAGCUGCAGGAGCAGCUGGAGGAGGCUCGCCGUGGACGCAGUGAACUGGACACUGAGAACAGGUUAAACAGAGAGAGAAUCAGUGAACUCCAGCAGCAGGUAGAGGAUCUUCAAAAGACUUUACAAACACAAGGAAUCAAACCUGAAGAUUCUCAUUUGAAAAGAAAGCUGGAUGCUCAUAUGGUGCAACUGAAUGAGGCACAAGAUGAAAUCAUGAAGAAGAAAGAGCUGUUGGCGGACCUUCAGCCAGAUGCUACUCAAACCAGUGUGAAGCUGGAUGAGCUGAUGGCAGCAUUGAAGAAGAAAGACGAGGACAUGAGGGCAAUGGAGGAUCGAUACAAGAUGUACCUGGAGAAAGCUCGAGAUGUUAUUCGAGCUCUGGAUCCCAAGCUGAACCCAGCCUCAGCUGAAAUUCAGUCCCUGAAAAGUCAGCUCUCUGAGAAAGACAAGAGGAUCAUUGCUCUGGAGCGUGAGUGUGAUCAGGCCAAACUGAGGGAAUAUGAGGAGAAGUUAAUUGUGACAGCUUGGUAUAAUAAGAGUCUGAACUUCCAGAAGAUGGCAAUCGAGUCACGUCUCACUGGGCGGUCCAACUCUCUAGUGCCACCUGGCCAGUCUUUUCUGGCUCAGCAACGUCAGGUGACCAACGCCCGUCGCACAAUGUCCAUCAAUGUGCCUACCUCUUCUUCCAAGUAACAUUGCCCUUAGUAUAUCUCAGCUUCCGGCUCUACUUCUCCUUUUCCUCACGAGCACACUCAAGUGACCUUAAGUAAACUUAAAACACAACAACACUUACACAAGGGGACAAGCAUGCCAUUAUGUAAACAUUAGCUUGCCCCCAUUUGCUCUCUAUCUACAGUUACACUCCAUCAACAACACACACGUGUAUAAUAAUGUACUGUACAUACUAAUGAUAUCAAGGGAUAGUUCACCCAACAAUUACAGUUUUGUCAUUAUUUAUUCACCAACAUAUUGUUCCAAAUUUGUAUGACUUUCUUCUCUAGAACACAAAAGGACAUGUUAGCUCCAGUCACCAUUCACUUUCAUUGUAUGGAGAGAGAAACAAAAUGCUUUGAAAGUGAAUGGUGACUGAGGUUAUCAGUCCCUAACAUUCUGCCUAACAUCUCCUUUUGUGUUCAACUGAAGAAAUAAAGACAUACGGGUUUGGAACGACAUGGGUUGAGUAAAUGAUGACUGAAUUUUCAUUUGUCAGUGAACUUUCUCUUUAAAUUUACUCAAGCACUCAAUCAGCACACAUUAUAAUGUACAUUUGCAGUCUUUUGUUCAUUUUCAAUGCUAAGCGACAAUAACACACUGACCUGAAACAAUUUGCAGCAAGGUCACUUUUGAACCAGCUUUGAUAAUAAAUCUGCCUGAAUUGAAGGGCUUAAAAGUGACAGGUCAGUCUUUUUUCUCAAAUUAUUCUCAGUGUCUCUGUGUGAUGACAGAAAUGCAUAAAGUCUGAAUCAACAGGCUCUGCAACAGUAGCAUGAAUGCUUUUGCUCGACUGGCUUCCAACGAUACACUAUGCAGUCAUGGAGUAUGUUUGUAAUUCCCUGAGUACAUAUAAUGCAGUGUAGGUAUGUACAAAGUACACAUUCUGACUAAAAACAUAAGGUCAUCUGUCCUAAUUAAUCAAAAUCCAGCCAAGCAUGUUAAUCCGCCACAUGAAAGCUUAAUGUAAGUAGCAGUUCAGGAUAAAAAUGUAUUCGGCGCUGGACACAAGUUUUCUUUGUUUCUUCCUACUACAAUGUCUUUUUCUCUGAAACAACAACAUAAAUACAAAAAAUACAUUUAUAUAUAUAUACAUAAAAAAAAAAGAAAUUAAUUGGAUCAAACUGAUUGAUUAAUCUAAAUCCAGGUGCUUCGUUUGAUCUUUACUCAGUUAAAAUGUUUUGUAUUCAUUUGACUGUGAUAGGACUCUUGCAUAUUCUUUUAACAAGCAAAAGAGCCUUUUUUAAUCUACUUAAUAUUUCUUGUCUGCGUGAAGACAUCAGAUAUCAGGAUUUAAACACCAGCGCAUAAUCAUAGCAGGCCAGCCAAGCUGUCUCUGAUAAAGCAAAAUGCUAUACCAGCUUUGAAUGUCUUGUAUGCCAUUAGCAUGUUUUGGCUUCACUCUUUAGGAAUACAUUUAUUGCCUGUGAAAAAUAGCUGCAUUGUACAUCUAAAAUGGCUUUGCUGUAUAUAGUAAAAAUAACUGCACCUGAUUAGGUUGAUCUUAUUGAACUAUUUGCCAAUACUCACUAUUCUGAAAAAUAGACAGUUCUGUUUGUGUUGGAACUUAUUAGAAAUUCUCUGUUCAUUUGCUGUUUUAAGUGGUAAGGUUUAUCAUUACAGUUCUGAUUUGUCUUUUCUCAUGUUUUUUUUAAUAUAUUUAUGUAUGAUGUGUUUAAAAGAAAGAACUCCUAAAUUUGUGUACUCAAUUUUAUGAGCACUAUUGUUUGUGAGAGGUUAUGAUUAAUAAGAUUCAUAUGGAAUUACAAAAUGGAUUUAAAGAGCAAUGGGAGCCUUAAUUUUCAUGUGAUGAAUAAACAGUCUGAAAUUUGUUUUGCAA